GGGGCGCUCUCGGCCCUGGGACGCCGCCACUCGCGCUUUGGAACCCCCCUCCCCCCCCACCAGCCUUGGCCUGCUCCUCAGAACCGACUGCAGUCUGGUCCCGGUCACUCGCUCACUCGCUCGCUCGACCCGCACUCAACCCUCAAACCCUCAAACCCUCUCGUCGCCAGAAGCCGGCGUCCACGCUCCAGCCAAGUGCAGUCAGCGCAGUCGCUCGCCCGAGAUCGAACCCUCGCCCGGGAUCGAACCCUCGCCCGAGAUCGAACCUUCGCUCCCUUUCCUCGGAGGUCACCCGCGCCGAGCGCGGCCAUGAGGCGGCUGCUGCUGCGGCUGCGUCCGGGAGGCCGCGGCCUCCCCACCCUGGGCCCCCUGGGCCGCCUUCGGCUCCCCCUGGGCCUCCCCCUGGGCCUCCCCGCCACCCGGGCCGCGCGGAGCGGCGAGCAUCGUGAGGCAAAGAGCGCGGCGCAGCCGCCCGCGGAGCCCGAGCGGGACUGGGUAGGUCCCCCGGACCGGGACUCGAACCUGCGGCCCGUGCGCGUGGGGAGACGGCCCCCCGAGACGCCCCUGGAGCUUCAGCUGCGCGAGCUGCGUGGAGACACCGAGGCGUGGAGCCACCACUUUUGGAGCGAGCAGAACCUGGCCUUCAGCCGGGAGAAGCAGGAGUUCAUCGUGAAGCGUCUGCGCGAUAAAGGGCUGGGGACUCGCGAUGAGGACGGUUCCAAGAGGAGUCUGAGCGUGGAGGAGAUGGCAGAAUUCUACAAAGGCUUUCUGGAUGACAACUACACCAAGCACCUCAACUAUAACAAGGAGUGGUACCGCAGGAACUUCACCAUGACGUGGAUGAUGGGUCGCGUGGCCGUGCUCCGAGCCUGGAGGUUUGUGCUGAGUGGCGGUCGCCCCCGGUGACCUCGCGACUCCCCGUGCGGUGGCUGUAGUCACUGCUGGCUACUGGGAGGAAGUAGCCGCCGCCCGUGUCUGCCGGCUGACGUGGUCGCCGCGCGGAGACCGUGUCCGGAGCCGGCGCUCCGUGUGCAUCGUGCCUGUGGCUCGGCUCUGGACAAAGCAACCACAACAACCAUUUUACAAUAAUUUGAAUGUAUGUUGCGUGUACGCGGCAAGUUGGUAAAACGUCGCAAGAUCGGCCUUUGUCAUCGCCGCUCUGGCUGCAUACGCACUUGUUUCUGUAUUCUCCCGAUCGCCUCCGUGUGAAAAUUGCGAGAGUUAAAAAAAAUUAUAACCCGUCGGCGUUUUCAGAUGCAAUUUCCGUGAAUUGCGCUAUGCGAAAAAAAUCUGAUGUUUUUGUAAAUUUUUUUUUUUUUUUCUCCAAAAUCGCAUUUCAAGACACUUUACGAGACUGAACAAAAACUACCUCAGGGUAGCAGGCGGAGGGGGUGGAGGGGGAGGGGCAGUCAAGGCAGGGAAAUAAUCUGAGAGAGAGAGGAGAGAUGGCAACACUGCGGCACAGCCCGGGACCCAGUAAGCAGGGCCCAGCACCAACAACAACAAAAACAUUGACAACAGGCGACGGCGGGGGGGGCAGCCAGGACAGCUCCCAACGAGUCUCGGGCUCAUCCUCGAGGAAACUGGGGUCCAGGCGAUGCCCGCGGACGCUGCACACUGACGGAAGUAAAUGCAAGUUUGGAUGCGCGGGAUGGUGACCCCACGGUGUGUCCCGUGCGUUGCGAACGAGGUGCGAGCCGGAGUUUCCUUUGCAUAAAAUAAAGACCUAUUCGUCACAA